AUGCUCAGCGGGUGGCACUUGGGUGCUGUCCUGCCGUUCGUGCGGCAAUUUUCCGACAUGGAACAUCACGCAGGCCCCUGGCUACAUGAUCCAUCCGUUGGCAGUGAGAGGAGACUCCUGUCGGUGCCGGAGGCCUUACCAGAUGAUCCCGGCCUCCGCAUCCCGCAGGACUUGACAUUUGCGACCAUGACGUCUCCAAAGUCCAUCAGCACACGGGUGGCCUCCUGCGUGGCUUCCUGGUCGGCAGCAGUGAACUUCCAACGUGAGGCGUGGCGGACGGAGACUGCAGAGGACGAUGCCAUGGAGGAGGUCUCAACGCUCCUGGCGCUCGGUGAGACGCAGCUGAGGAGUGAACUCCUGCCAGGUCGCCCUGCUGCGCCGCUGAAGAGAUUGCUCGCUGUACCUCCCUUCGUGCUCCACUUGUUCCAGGGCCACCGGGGCCGGGGUCCAUCCUCUGAGCUGGUGGGAGGUUGGUGCCAACCAGGGCGACUGCAGCACCAUGGCGGUCCAAUGCGGUCCACGAACUUCCAACGUGAGGCGUGGCGGACGGAGACUGCAGAGGACGAUGCCAUGGAGGAGGUCUCAACGCUCCUGGCGCUCGGUGAGACGCAGCUGAGGAGUGAACUCCUGCCAGGUCGCCCUGCUGCGCCGCUGAAGAGAUUGCUCGCUGUACCUCCCUUCGUGCUCCACUUGUUCCAGGGCCACCGGGGCCGGGGUCCAUCCUCUGAGCUGGUGGGAGGUUGGUGCCAACCAGGGCGACUGCAGCACCAUGGCGGUCCACGUGCUUUCUUCCUGGGGGAGCCAAAGCAGACAACCGCAGAGACGAGUCCGUCGGCGAGCUUUGCGGAUGCGUUCGGGUUGCUCAACUCAUGA